GGCGCAGCUGAGUUCCGGUUCCGGCGCGGUGCCCUGGUGACCGCCAGUGCCAUGGGCGCUCACCUGGCGCGGCGCUAUGCGGGGGGGGCGGACACGGAGCCGGAUCCGCUGGCGAUGCCCACGUUCCCCGCCGACCUGGGGCUGCCAGGGCGGGAGCCGCGCACCAUGGUGGCCACAGCUCAGCAGUUGUCGGACGGCCGCGUCCCGUUGGCGCAGCGGGAUUUCUGUGCCCACCACCUCCUGCGCCUGAUGCGCUGCCGCCGCGACGCCUUCCCCAGCCUGUGGCAGUGCCAGCACCUGAGGCACCAGUGGGACAGCUGCCAGCACCACGAUUACGUGAUGCGCAUGAAGGAGUUUGAGCGCGAGCGGCGGCUGCUGCAGCGCCAGAAGCGAAUCCAGAAGCGGGAGGCGGCAGUGGCUGCGGAGUGACACCCUGGGGACCCCCCCCCCCCACGGGACCCCCACCCUGUGGGUAGCACUGGGCAUGGAAUAAAGCUCCAAACGGGAGCCCGCGUCCUUGGGGACAGUGACACUGA